GAUAUGAAUUCGAAAUUAUUUUAGUCAAGACUCUGGUUAAGAAUUGCUUGUUUUUAAACUUGCAAAAUUGUUUAAUUUGUUUCAUUCAAAAUGUUCCGUUUGACAAAAAACGUGAUUUCGGUGGUUUGUAAAUCCGCAAUAAAACAGAAAACCCAAUUAAAUGGAAACGGCGUUGUUAUAUUUGAGCAAAGCAAUUUUUUUUCCGAUUCUGCAAAUGACAAAUUUUCAUUAAAACAUGAGGAAGUUGGCCGGCCGUUGUAUUUCGAUGCUCAAGCCACUACACCAAUGGAUCCUAGAGUUCUUGAUGUAAUGCUACCAUACUUAGUAAGUUAUCAUGGCAAUCCACAUUCAAGAACUCAUGCGUAUGGAUGGGAAAGUGAAGCUGCUGUUGAGAAAGCCAGAGAACAAGUGGCAAAUUUAAUAAAUGCUGAACCAAAAGAAAUUAUAUUUACUUCAGGAGCAACAGAAUCAAAUAACAUAUCUGUUAAAGGUGUGGGUCGAUUUUAUGCACCAAGAAAAAAGCAUGUCAUUACUACUCAAAUUGAACACAAAUGUGUUUUAGACUCAUGUCGUGCUUUAGAAGGUGAAGGUUUCAGAAUUACAUAUUUACCAGUCCGACAGAAUGGAAUUAUAAAUUUAAAGGAUUUGGAAGAUGCCAUCACACCAGAAACCAGUUUGGUAUCUAUAAUGACUGUCAAUAAUGAAAUAGGUGUUAAACAACCAAUUGAAGCUAUAGGAGCAAUAUGCAAAAGCAAGAAAGUAUUUUUUCAUACUGAUGCUGCCCAAGCUGUUGGAAAAGUACCUUUGGAUGUUAACACAAUGAACAUUGAUUUGAUGUCGAUUUCUGGGCACAAAGUUUAUGGACCUAAAGGCGUGGGCGCACUAUACAUUAGGCGGAGGCCUCGAGUGCGCGUAGAGCCAAUACAGAGUGGGGGUGGACAGGAGAGAGGCAUGAGAAGUGGAACUGUACCCACACCACUUGUUGUGGGAUUAGGAGCUGCAUGUGAGUUGGCCGGACGUGAAAUGGCAUAUGAUCAUUUAUGGAUGGAAAAAUUAUCUAAAAGGUUUUUAGAAAAGAUUAAUUCUAAGCUGACACAUGUGAUAAGAAAUGGAGAUGCUGAACAAACAUAUCCAGGCUGUGUAAACUUAUCUUUUGCAUUUGUUGAAGGUGAAUCUUUGUUGAUGGCUUUAAAGGAUGUAGCCUUGUCGAGUGGUUCAGCAUGUACUUCUGCAUCAUUGGAACCUUCGUAUGUUUUAAGAGCAAUAGGAACUGAUGAAGACUUAGCCCAUAGUUCAAUAAGAUUUGGUUUAGGUCGCUUCACAACAAUCGAAGAAGUAGACUACACAGCUGAAAAGACGAUAAGACAUGUUGAACGAUUAAGAGAAAUGAGUCCACUCUGGGAGAUGGUACAAGAAGGCAUAGAUAUAAAGACAAUUCAAUGGUCGCAGCAUUAAAACGUAAAAAAGCUAAAAAUAUUCCAAAUGUAGACGUAGGAAAUUGUUUUAUUUAAUAAGAUUGCAAAGAUCUGGUUCGAAAUGUGUAUUUAUGCAAGAGUGUAAUGGAAAAAAGAUCAUUUAAAAUAGGAUAGGAGAUAUGUUUGAAAUGUCUAUAAAAUAUGACAUUUUAAUUAAAUUCCUGCAUAAAAAAGAAUCAUGUACCAAAAUGUACAGAAGACACAAGUUAUGAAAUGUGUGAUAUUAUUUUUAUUAACAAUAAAUAGAAGUUGCGUUGAAAUUU